AUGGGCGCAACUAUCUUCGAGGCCCCUCCUCACGACCCGGCAAAGUCGCAGAUUGAAAACGUCCUGGAACUCACGCCAGUGACCGACAUUGGACCGGAUGUCUUCACCAACACCAGGCCGCUCUGGCACCCCCCAGGCGCGAGAGGGAUCUAUGGUGGCGCCGCCAUAGCCCAAUGCCUGUCCGCAGCUCAGAAGACAGUUCCGGCUGAUUUCUUCCCCCAUAGCAUGCACUGCUACUUUGUCUUAUCUGGAGAUUCACGAUUACCGGUCCUAUACCAUGUCGAGCGAGUCCGUGAUGGAAGAAGCUUCGCUACACGAACGGUUCAGGCACGACAGCAGGGACGGCCCAUUUUCACCACAACCCUAAGUUUUGACCGUGAAGGCAGCGGAGGGAAGAAACAGAUCAAGCAUACUAUCAAGAAACCGGAUGUUGCCGUUCCAGAGAGCCACGACGGCAUUGGCCGAGGCCGAGGUCCGUUUGAGUCCAGACAGGUCGGGAUAACGAAUAGAGAUUCCCCCCACGCCGCCGACAGAACCCUGCAAUUAUUCAACAAGGCCCGAGGCACUAUAUCCUCGGAAGGGGGCAGACAGGCGCAUCUGACAGCCUUAGCGUACAUGUCGGAUAGCUAUUUCAUCGGCACGGUGGCCAAGGUUCAUAAUAUCCCCCGCUUUUCGUCCCCCGGUGCCAUAGAUAAGGCGGCCGCGCUGAUAAAGAAAGACGCCGGGGUUGAAGAGGAGGUGGUCAAGAAAUACCUUACGGACUUGGCAGAGCAAGAGGAGCGGGAGCUAAAACUAUCAAAAAAGACUUCGGACGAACCGAAUAGGGAAAUCGGCAUGAUGGUGAGCCUGGAUCACACCAUAUACUUCCACGACAGGCGGGAGUUCCGUGCAGACGAAUGGAUAUUCUCAGAGAUGAAAACCCCAUGGGCCGGGGCAGGGCGAGGCCUUGUCCUGCAGCAGAUGUGGGCUCAGGAUGGCACCCUGAUCGCUACAUGCGUGCAAGAGGGAGUCGUUCGCCUUAAGCAAGACAAGCCCCCAAGCAGCAGCAAACUAUAA